ACACAAAACAAAUUGGAAAAUGAAGAAAUCAAGGGCUGCUUCAUCUGCUUUCAUUAUUACUCUGGUUAAUCUGCUGCUACUACCAAAUGCAUCAUUGGGGGAUCCAAGAGCUCAGGUGUCUAAUUUAACGUGCGGGAACCAAAUUGCUAGAAAUAACAACAUUUUUAUCCAGAACUUUGUGUCGACAAUGGAAAAUCUAAGUGCCCAAUUGUCAACUUCAAAUUUUGGUGUAGCAGAAUCAGGCUCAGGAGUUGACACGGAUCAUGGACUUGUACAAUGCUAUGGUGAUCUUUCUUCAUCUGAAUGUAUAUUAUGCUUCUCUCAAGCGCGCUCUAUUAUGCCUCGGUGCUACCCUUUCAACAGCGCAACGCUUUUCCUUGAUGGCUGCUUUUUGCGAACUGAGACUUACAGUUUUUUUCAAGAGUAUACUGGACCAAACGACAUGGCUGUAUGUAAUAAUAGAACCAGAAAGAAUUCGGCAUUUCAGGCAUCAGCAAGACAGGCUGUGUCACAGGCAGUUUCAGAAGUACUAAACAACAGUGGCUAUGGACGGGCUCAAGUGCCCGUGUCUGGGACAUCAAAUGAGUCCGCUUAUGUUCUUGCUAACUGCUGGAGAUCACUAAGUGAUAGUUCUUGCAGAGCGUGUAUAGAAAAUGCGUCUGCAUCUAUAUUGGGAUGUUUACCAUGGUCCGAGGGUCGGGCACUGAAUACAGGGUGCUUUAUGAGAUAUUCAGACACCAACUUUCUUAAUCCUAUACCGGGAAAUAGAAAUUCAAGAGGGAAAACAGAAGUUAUAAUAGCGGCAGCUGUUAGUUCGACUGUUAUUUUGAUUAUUGGAGCAGUCAUUGGGGUUUAUAUUUUGAAGCAUAGAACAAUACAGAAGAAGAGAAAAGGUUGGGAUGAUGCAAAGAAUUUAGUGAAGACUCUUCAUGACAGCAGCUUGAACUUCAAAUAUUCGACACUUGAGAAAGCAACUGAUUAUUUUAAUGAAGCCAACAAGCUUGGGCAAGGUGGAUUUGCCACAGUGUAUAAGGGAGUUUUGCAAGAUGGAAGAGAGAUUGCUGUAAAGAGACUUUUCUUUAACAACAAACAAAGAGCAGCAAAUUUCUACAAUGAAGUCAACAUUAUUAGUAGUAUUGAGCACAAAAAUCUGGUGAGGUUGUUAGGAUGCAGUUGCUCUGGACCUGAAAGUCUUCUUGUAUAUGAUUUUUUACCAAACAAGAGUCUUGAUUGCUUUAUAUUUGAUUCAAGGAAAGGAAAAGAACUAAACUGGGACAAGAGAUACGAGAUAAUUAUCGGGACUGCGGAAGGGUUAGUCUUUCUCCAUGAAAACACGAAAACCAAAAUUGUUCACAGAGACAUAAAAGCGAGUAAUAUCCUCUUAGACUCGAGAUUCCGUGCACAAAUUGCCGAUUUUGGGUUGGCUAGGUCUUUUCAAGACGAUAAAAGUCAUAUUAGCACCGUCAUUGCAGGAACAUUAGGAUAUAUGGCUCCAGAGUAUGUAGCUCAUGGCCAGUUAACAGAAAAAGCAGAUGUGUAUGGCUUUGGUGUACUUCUACUUGAAAUCGUCACUGGCAGGCAGAACAACAAUAGCAAAGCAUUAGAGUACUCAGACAGCUUGUUAAGUAUUGUAUGUUCUCAAAUCUUUUUAUUCAUUGUAUGUACUACUUGGUUCACCACUUCUAUUUCAUUCAGCUUCCUUUCAAAAGCCAUAUUAGCCUCAAGUAUCAACUUCCCGUGAAAGCUGAUCGAGCAUUAUACGUGUACUUGUAGACGUAGUAUUUUUCAACAAUGUCUCAAAUUGAUGCACAAGAUGCUGAAAGUCCAUAAUGUUUAGGAGUGUCAUCCCUGGGUAGUAGUCUCUAAUAUUGUUU